AGCCUUCACAACCCAACCGACACAUUUCCUAAUCCGUGUUGACACUUCCUGUUUCUCUACGUUUCCAUAUCCAAUGGCUCCUCCGAAGUCAUCCGCGGUCUCCAAGCGCAAGACCUCUGCAAGCUCGGCGGCCAACCCAACUCUCCGCAUGACAGACAGCACGAUCGGUUCCAAGCGUAAGCUUCAAACCGCAGAUGAUGACAGCAACGACGAAGGCAAAGGUCAAACUCUCCUCAACACCUUGGAUGACAGCCGUCCCAAGAAGGCCAAGCCAGCAGAUGAAGUCGCCCCAAGCUCCCUGAUGGGAAUAGCCCCAAUCUCUCUGAAAGACAAGUUCAAGGACGAUGUUGCUAUGGACGAUGCCUCAAGCAAGAAGGACGGUACUUUUGUCCAAAGGAUGAACGCCUCCAAUCGCAAAUUCGCAAGCUCAAAGUCAAACAAGAAUCCAGUCCCCGAUACGCAGGUCAUCCCGCGUCCACCUACUUCCGGUCAAGCCAAGAAGCAAUCUGCAGUGGAGGAUUCCGACUUUAUCAUAGAGGACGUUCAGGAGGAACACGACGAGCCCCAAACUACCCUUACGAAGGCCAACACGAAGACCGCAGGUAAGCGGAAGGCCGACGCAACUGGUGCCAGCAAGCGGAAACUCGAUUCGAGUAGGACUCCACUAGCACUACCAGGAGAAUCAGGAGGCCCAAAAGCACUCACUGUCUGGAGGCAAAAAUGGUACGGCACCGGUUGCGAAGAAGUGCUCAAAGACCGCGGCGUCUGGGAUUUCUACGUGGCUAAUUGGAAGCGUUUGGGGGUAAAAGUCACUACCCAAGUAAAGGCUGAAGCGCUCUACUGGCACGAGAUAGAGGCACUGAAGGCAGAACUUCAACAUGAGAUCGAGGUCCGCGGUCCUGACUUUCAGUUUCGGGAAAACAAGACUUUGGCGGAGUCCCUCGCCGAACUUCCCGCGAAAGAAGAGGACGAAGAGCAGGCUGUGGCACCGCCGACGACUUCGAAGGGGCUGAAGACUGCCAAAACUCCUACGCGACCUGAAAUGAAGGUAGAUGCAGCAGUAGCUAGUCUCACCAGAGACAAUCCAUUGGGCAAGACUGAGAAGAAACUCUGGAAACCAAAGCCAGUCCAGACGUGGAUUGCUCUCUCCGAGGAGGAGCUACGCAAAGCAGCUCGGAAGCGCCGUGUAGAUCUCACGCCCCAUCCUCAGGAUCAGUGGGCACACCUGCUGGCCAAACACGACCUCCUGGACGAGAACAAGCCGAUCGAAGACUUGCAAAGCGAGUUUGACCACGCGAAGCAAGGGAAACUGCACGCGGACGACGAAGCCCAAGCAUCUCCCACCCUCCCAGUCCAAUCCGAAGGCACGAGGAUCGAGAAUGUUUCCCCGCCAAUUGCGAAGGAGGCACAGGUGGAAGACCCGGACGCGGGGGAGAUAAAAGUGCCUUCUACCCGCCCCGUCCCCUCAAAGCGCCCAGAACCCAAGAAGUCCCCUUCCAAACCGAAGCUAGUUUCCUCAGCGGGUGUCACAAAGAGCACCUCUCCACGAAUGGCAGAGAAGAAGCUAAGGAUGGAACAGGCAGAGAGGCUGCUAGAAGAGGCAAAGAGGAGAGAAGACGACGACGACUUCAUACCGGCGUUGGGCCCGGCAGCUCUGCAGGUGAAAGAAGGUCGUAAGAAGCGCAUAGAUGAACGGAAGCUGAACAAGGCAAUGGCAGAGGCAAACAAGUUGUUGAAAAAGAGGAGAGAAGCCGAAGGGGACAAAGAGUGGAUGCAGGACGUCCAGCAGGCGAUCUUCGACGCACUCAAGAAAGAACAGGAGGCAGGAAAACCUGUGAAGCCCAUGGAGAAGCUUGGAGAUGGCGGAGGGUCCGAGGAGAAGCUUGUGACACUGUUCGCCGGAAAAUCGAUACAGUGGUACAUUUCGAAUUGGCAUGCGAGUCGUGGUAUCCAGCUUUCGCUUAAUUGCGAUUUCAACCCCGACGAUGACGACGAUCCAGGCUUCUGGUCAGAGGAGGAGUAG